GUGGGGGAUAAAGCCAUCAAGUGAUCACGCCAUCCCAGUCCACGCGUGAACAACCCCGCUUGGUUUUUGCGAUUUCAACGCCCAAUGCUUCUUCUCAGCCCUUCCAACAAAUUGACCUUCAUGAAUAUAUAUAUCUGUGGCCUGCACGUAAACCAAAUACAAACAGGUAUUACCAUAACGAUAGGGCUCUCUUUUUCAUAUCAAAAGGAAACCAGAGGUCUCUCAGUCUCGAGUCUUCACAACGCUACUAAGCAGCAGUUGCGUAGUGGUAGUAUUUAUCGAUACCAAGAAUCGAAGAUGUCUAUGGUGGAGGUUAGAGUCCCUAACCUGGAUUGCGAGGGUUGUGCAGCAAAGACACGCAAAGCUAUCUUCAAGCUCAAAGGAGUGGAAGAGGUAGAUGUGGAAAUGGAGACGCAGAAAAUCACGGUCAGAGGGUUCGGAUUGGAGGAGAAGAGGGUGCUGAAAGCUAUUAGGAGAGCUGGAAAAGCAGCAGAGCCUUGGCCAUAUCCAGCAGGGUACUCGUAUUUCGCUUCGUUUUACAAGUACCCUACGCACGUAGUCAACCAUUACUACGACACCACCAAAAAUGUAGCCGCUCCCAGUGUAUAUAGCUUUUUCCACACUCCGGCGGUUUACUCGGUCGCAGUUGCCUCUGAUGAGGCUGUCGCCUCUCUUUUUAGCGAUGAAAAUCCCCAUGCUUGUGCAAUUAUGUGAUACUGCCGCUCCUUCAAUCUGCUUCUCUUCUUUUUCUGUUUCUUUUUUCCACCCCUGCUUGUCUUUCAAAUCCUCCUUUGCUCUUAAAAUUGAAGUAAUUUUUUUGUCUUUUACUGGGUGGCUUGCCAGAUAACUAGCUGCUUUGGUCCCUGUUCAUAGUUGACCAUCUCAGUGGCGUGAUUUGACGAUGGUACUUUGAGGGAAAGUUUUGUCCCUUCUAAAAUUGCUACUUUGCAAGAAAAGAAUCUUGAAAAGGAGAAUAACCAGACGGAACAGCCUUUGCAAAGAGUGGCCUGCCCAAAUUGCUUUUCAACUUUAAUUUCAGCCCAUUGAAAUUCAUUGCUAUUGGGCUCCAAAAAAAA